GUUCAUAGAGUUCUUCGAGGACAACGUUGAUACACACUGCCAUUCCUUCAGCGGGAGUGGGUCAGAGUCACCGCAGUCAACAACCAUAUCAGACGACCACUCAGGCCAAGCCAACAACGGAGAAGCACAGUCGCUGGAUGACAAUAUGCACUUGGACGGAACACACGCGGACGAUACUGGUGCUGAAGAUACGGGCAGAGAUAGCGAACAAGCACACAGCACAGGCUCUACUGACAGCAGUAGGGGUCGGCAGGGGGUUGACAAGGAGUUGUGGCUGGUGUUUAAGAAUGAGGGUGUCUCGCUCAGGUCGUUACUGUACACUGCG